AUGAUGAACAGCUGUGGUCUGCUAACUCUCCAGAGGGAACCAGUUCCUCUGAAGAGCAUUGAGGUGGAGCUGGAGGUGAGGGACCAUGUGGCUACAGUGGUCUCCACUCUGAACUAUGAGAACAAGGAGGACAAACCAAUAGAGGCUGUUUUUGUCUUUCCUGUGCCUGGAGAUGCUGCUGUCUGUCAUUUCAGUGCUCAGAUUGGACAGACACAGAUUGUAGCUGAGGUGAAGGAGAAACAGAAGGCUCGUGAGGAGUAUGAUGAUGCUCUGAGCUCCGGUCAGCAGGCCUUCCUAUUGGAGGAGAGUGAUGAGAGUCCAGAUAUAUUCUCUCUGAGUGUGGGCAGUCUGCCUCCAGGAGAGAGCGCCUCCAUCAGGUUGGAGUACGUCACUGAGCUGGCUGUGCAGGCUGAUGAUGGUCUGAGGUUCUGUCUGCCUGCUGUGCUCAACCCUCGAUACCAACCUCAGGGUAGUAAAGGUGCAGGUGUCCAGGUGACUUCUGCUCCAGCCUCUCUGGUGCCCUACAGUCUGUCUUUUUCUGCCCGAGUGUCCUCUCCUCGUCCAGUCUCUAAAGUAGAGUCCAACUGUUCCCUGGACCCUCUGCAGUACCUCAACACUGAUCAAACCCAGGCCACGGUCAAGCUGGCUGCAGGACACAAGUUUGACAGAGAUGUUGAACUGCUGAUUUAUUACAAAGACGCCCACCAGCCCACUGCUGUGGUGGAGGCAGGACAGGCCUCUGCUGAGCCGGGCUCUCUGAUGGGUGAUCCAGUGGUGAUGGUGAGUCUGUACCCUGAGUUCCCCCAGUCUGUGAUGUCUUCAACGGCUUCAUGUGGAGAGUUUGUGUUCUUAAUGGAUCGAUCUGGAAGUAUGAGUAAUACUCGCAUCCGCAGUGCCAGGGAUACUCUGCUGCUCCUCUUGAAGAGCUUACCAAUGGGCUGCUAUUUCAACAUUUACAGUUUUGGGUCCAGAUAUGAACACAUCUUCCCUAAGAGUGUGGAGUACAGCCAGCAGACCAUGGAGGAGGCUCUGAAGAAAGUUGAGCAGAUGGAGGCUAAUCUUGGAGGAACAGAGAUCUUGGAGCCUCUCAAACAUAUUUACAGCCAGCCCUGCAUUCCCAGUCAGCCCAGACAGCUGUUUGUCUUUACUGAUGGAGAGGUGGGGAACACCAAAGAAGUGAUCGAUCUGGUGAAGAAGAAUUCAGGUUCUCACAGGUGUUUCUCUUUUGGGAUUGGGGAAGGGGCCAGCUCUGCUCUCAUCAAUGGGAUGGCCAAGGAAGGAGGAGGUCACGCUCAGUUCAUCACAGGGACUGACAGGAUGCAACCAAAAGUGAUGCAGUCGCUGCGAUUUGCUCUGCAGCCAGCUGUGGUCGACAUCUCAGUCACAUGGGAUUUACCAAAGGAAGUGUCUGUCACUGUCCUCUCUACACCAAUCACAGCACUUUUCCAGGGUCAGAGGUCACUGAUUUAUGCCCAGCUCACUGGACAGAGCUCAGAGGCAGCAGAGGGCUGUGUGACGCUGAAGUACAGCCUGGCAGGUCAUCCCUCUGAGAACCAGCUGCACUUCAGUCUCAGACCUGCAGAGGACACUGGACUAACAGUUCACAGGUUGGGUGCUCAGACUCUGAUUCGCUCCCUGGAGAUGGAGGAGAGAGAUCGCAGAGGACAGCAAGAUGGAGGAGUGAAGGAGAAGGUGGUGCAGCUCAGUGUCCAAUCAGGAGUGAGCAGUUCGUUCACUGCCUUUAUUGCUGUCAACAAAGACAACAGCGAAGUGAUUCAAGGACCUCUUGUGCGCAGAAAUAUUCCAACACCCUUGUGUGACUCCGCGGUGAUGUUUGAGGACAUUGAAACAGAUGGAUUCCUGAUGAUGGAAGAAGAAAACCAGUCAAGAAAAUAUUUUCCAGCUGCUGUGCCUGAGCAGCCACCCAGAGACCCUUUGCUACAGUUAGUCUCCCUGCAGGAGGCGUCUGGCUGCUGGCUGCUUGAUCCAGCUCUGGCUGCUGCACUGGGACAGACCAACGAGGAGGUGGAAAAGUCAAAGCCUGAAAAGGCCAGCAGUGAAGUGUGGGCCACCAUUCUGGCUCUGAUCUGGCUUCAUGGUUUCAAGAUGGAAGCAAAGGACGAGUGGGAGCUUCUGGCUAUGAAGGCUGCCUCGUGGCUCCGUGCUCAGAAUGCACCGUGUGUGUCAGAGUGUGUGGAUGCUGGAAAUGUCCUGCUGGGUUGCAGCGUGAAGAAAGAAGCUCUGGGACUCUGAGGGUUUUCUUAAAGUAGCUUCAUCUUCAGAGUGAACAGAAGCAGGUCUACUUACUCCACACUGCCUUUGAUACAGAGCUGUUUUAUAUCAUCAACCCCUUUUACAU